CAGCAGCGAGGCCCCCAGCCAUGGGACCAAUGGGUGGGUAGUGCGGGCUGGCCCCACAGGACAGGAGAUAUAAGCACCCGCAGCCCCAGUCCAGGGGCAGGACACCCUCUCUUCCUUACGAGCUUCCAGCCAGGCCUCAGAUCCCAGGGUGCAGCGCUUGUCACGAUGAAGGUGUUAGUCUUGGCCGUAGUGCUGCUCUGCGCGUACCACCUGGAAGGUGCUGUGGUGAAGCGCGAAGCACAAGAAGCCAGCCCCACCCUUACCGAAGUCCUCUCCCAGUAUUACCAGACCGUGACUGAGUAUAUGAGAAAGCAGCUGCCGGAGAAGGAGAAGAUGGAGGAGAUAAAGAACCAGGCGAAGACUUACCUGGAUCAGGCCAACGAGCAGCUUGCCCCUAUUGCCAAGCGAAUGCACACUGAAUUCAUGGAGCUCAUCAACCAGCUGAUAGAGACUGGGAAAAAGGCUGCGAAGCAGUGAGUGAGUGGCCAGCUCCCAGCAGCCGAGCAGGGCUGGGCACUCCCCACACCAGUGAGAAGAGGAGACGCGUGGGCCGAUUGUGGCACAACCGAGCUGGUGAAAUCUCCUGGCGGGCUGGGCCAGGGUCCCAGGAGCAAUAAAUCUGAUGAGACUUC